AUAUUUCUUCCACUCAAAGCGUUGAUUCCGAAUAGUUUCUUUCAGUUGACCUCAGUUAUUAGAGACACUGUAAAUAUCUAUAUCAUCUAUGUCAAAAUCAGUCUCGUAUCAGAAAUUAAUACAGUUCAACCAUAUCAAAUCAGUUAUUUUACUUGCAGUAGCACUGGAGUUCCAUUUCUGGUGAAGUACCUUGCCGUCAAACCGUUACGUAUUUUACUCUAUGAGGAUGAUUUAGUAUUUCUUUGUUAUCCAACUUUACUUGCUUGUUUUUUAAAUAUUAUUGCUGAUUUUUAGAUGAAUCAAGAUUGCCAUAUUGCUCUUUAUUGCUUCAUAGCUACUUAAAAUGACCUCAGAUGAACUCAUGUAUGCAUAAAAACUUUAGUUUGUUGAAGUUUUCUCACAUUAAUUGUCUUGAGCUUUAGCUUCGCCUGAUUAUCAAAGAAUAUUUUGUUGGAGAAAGUGGCAACGAAAAGAGAGUACCAAUUUCUCCCACUGUCUUUAAUGUCGAGCAAUCGGAUAAUUAAAGAAAAAAAAAAAUAGGCUGAUAAAAACAAAGGAUGAGGUUUCACUUUAUUACACACUGUGUCUUAUGCUGGCUAUGCCUCACCAUAACUGUGAGUAUUGCGGUAACUUUGUCGAAGCCCGGUUGCCCCCAUAAGUGUGGGAAUGUCACCAUUCCGUAUCCUUUUGGGGUUGGUUUCAAAUGCAGUGCACCGAUUUUAGAAUGCGAUAACCCUUUUACGGAUCGUUCCAAAUGCAAAGAAUCCCCUUACACAAUCAUCUGCCAAAAUUCGUCGACUCCAUUCUUGAGCAUCAUCCAAAUGGAAGUAGUGAAGAUUUCUCUGUAUGGAACAUUGAUUGUAAAGCUGCCCGUGUCGCCUAUGAAUUGCUCAGAUAUGCAGACAACACUCGCUGUGCCUAUUUCACUUGACGGCAGCCCUUUUACAAUAUCAGCACACUACAAUUCAUUGUUUGUAUUAGGUUGCAAGAGUUCAGUCUGGCUGCGUUCUGAGACGAUGCAGACAGUUGGAGGGUGCACGGCUAUCUGUGAUGCGAAUUCCACAGACACGAGCUGCACUGGUGUUAACUGCUGCCAAACAACAAUACCGGAACGAGGACAGGGGCUGCAGUAUACUUAUCGAAGUAUUGAAGCAAGUAAUGACAGUAGAUUUUGUGGCUAUGCUUUUCCUGCUGACAGGAAAUGGAUACAGAAUGCUUACACAUUGCAUAGCGGCCUAAUGCAGGAUCUUUUGAAUCCAUAUGACGUGGGAUUCAGAUUUGCACAAGUGGUGAUUGAUUGGGAAUAUGUUGGCUUUGAGGACUUCCACUAUAAUACUAUUUGCAGAAUGCUGCCUUCCUAUCGUAGUGAUGAGUACUAUGAUAACUACUAUACACCGCGUUAUGAUCCUACUGGAAACAACUAUGUAUCAUCAGUUAGGUACUGCUCUUGUCGCGAUGGUUUUGAAGGGAAUCCGUAUCUAGGCCGUGAGGGAUGCACUGAUAUAAACGAAUGUAGCAACUCAACAUUGAACAUAUGCGCUGGUAAUGGGACUUGCAUCAAUACUAUAGGAGGCUUCAUUUGUCGAAAAAGAUCUGCUGUCAAAAUAGCAUUCAUCAUUGUUGGCAGCACGGUUGGAGCUCUGGCUUUGUUACUCGGGGCAUUCUUUGCCACCAGAACUAUCAGGAAAAGAAUCAAGGACAAACACAAACUCAAGUGUUUAGCCUUAUUAUUGGAACAGCAGUUGUCUUCAGUUGAUAAUGGCCUCGAGAAAACUAGGUUGUUCAGUUCGAAAGAGCUGUCAACAGCUACUGAUGGUUACAAUGAGAAUCGAAUACUUGGUCGUGGUGGGCAAGGCACUGUCUACAAAGGAAUGCUGACUAGUGGAAGGAUUGUAGCAGUCAAGAAGUCGAUGAAGAUAGAUGAAAGUGAUCUUGAAGCCUUCAUCAACGAGGUUGUCAUUCUCUCACAGAUCAAUCACAGGAAUGUGGUUAAAUUGUUGGGAUGUUGUCUGGAGACUGAAGUUCCUCUCCUUGUCUACGAGUUCAUCCAAAACGGCACACUUUACCAACACAUCCAUGAUCCUAAUGAGGAAUUCCCAUUAUCAUGGGAGUUGAGAGUGAGGAUUGCAAGAGAGACAGCAGGAGCACUUGCUUACUUGCACUCUGCUGCGUCUGCACCUAUCUAUCACCGCGACAUCAAGUCGACAAACAUACUUUUGGAUGGUAAAUACUGCGCCAAAGUCUCAGAUUUUGGGAUAUCUAGAUCAGUUGCUGUUGAUCAAACUCACCUGACCACGCGUGUGCUAGGAACCUUUGGCUAUUUGGAUCCUGAGUAUUUCCAGUCGAGCCAGUUCACAAUCCUGUCAAAAAGAGUGAUGUCUACAGUUUCGGUGUGGUUAUGGUUGAGCUUCUAACAGGUGAGAAAGCAAUAUCAUCCAUCAGAGCUGAAGCAGGAAGGAGUUUAGCUACACAUUUCUUGCAUUCAAUGGAGGAAAAUCAGUUGUUUGAGAUUCUUGAUGCAAGGGUCCUCAGAGAAGGCAAGAUGGAAGAAAUCAUGGCUGUUGCUCAUCUUGCUAGAAGGUGUCUGCAUUUGAAUGGGAAGAGAAGGCCAACAAUGAAGGCAGUUGCAGCAGAAUUGGAAG